AUGGCAGGCGCCGGCAUCCACCCGUUUCACCAGCAGUGGCCGCCCCAAGCGGCGGUGCCCGCGCCUCCCGCCGUCCCACCGCCUCCCCCCGUACCAGGCGCACCCGAUGCCGCCGCCCGCCCCGGCUCUGACGAGGUCCGCACCAUCUUCAUCAUGGGGCUCCCCGUGGACGUCAAGGAGCGGGAGCUGCAUAACCUGCUGCGCUGGCUUCCGGGAUUCGAGGCUUCCCAGAUCAACUUCAAGGGCGACCAGCCCAUGGGGUUCGCACUCUUCUCCUACGCGCACCACGCCAUCGCCGCAAAGGCCGCGCUGCAGGAUCUGGUCUUCGAUGCGGAGACCAAGUCGGCGCUGCACAUCGAGAUGGCCAAGAAGAACCUAUUCAUCAAAAGAGGUGUGGGAACUGAUGCAAAUGCUAUGGACCAAAGUAAACGCUUGCGAACUGGUGAAGACUAUACUCAUUCUGCGCAUGCUCCUCCUCCAUUCCACCCACCCCCACCAGCUGUUUCCAUGUGGGGAACUGCAGGUUAUAUGGCAGCUCCGCCUCCUUAUAAUCCUUAUGCUGGCUAUCCUGUGCCGACGGUACCAAUGGCUUCACCUUCUCCUUUGCCAGGCCCAACAGCAUAUGCUCCUGUGCAGAACAUGAAAGAUAACCCUCCCUGUAAUACCCUUUUCAUUGGAAAUCUUGGUGAAACUGUUGUUGAAGAGGAAUUGCGGGGCCUCUUCAGUCUACAACCUGGUUUCAAACAAAUGAAAGUGUUGCGUCAAGACAGGAACACCGUCUGUUUUAUUGAGUUCGAUGAUGUGAGCGCUGCUUCUGCUGUGCACCAUACUUUACAGGGUGCCGUUGUUCCCAGUUCUGGCCGCGGUGGGAUGCGAAUCCAAUUUUUCAAAAAAUCCCUUCGGGCGAAGGAAGGACUUAGUUGGUGGCAUGGUCGGCACUCUGAAUGGUGCUCCUGUUUGAGGGGAUGUAUCUUGAACUUUAGCAUGACAUCUUGA